UAUAUAUAAGAAUAUUGCACAAUUCAUAGGAACAUUGCAUCAUAAAAUCAUCUCUCAUUCAAAAGAAAAUGACAAGUGUGAAAUUAAGCUUGGGUUUCCUCUUGCUUGCACUUUUCUUCUCAGAUGUUCAUUGCUGGGGCACUGAUGGUCAUACCGCUGUUUGCAGGAUUGCUCAGUCGCGGUUAAAUGAAGGAGCAAAUGAAGCAGUAAUGAGGUUGUUACCAGAUUACGCGGAAGGGGACUUGGGGAGUGUAUGUUCAUGGGCAGACCAUGUCAAGUUCCAUUAUCAAUGGUCUUCAUCCCUCCAUUACAUUAACGUCCCUGAUUCUCUAUGCACUUUCCAAUAUAACAGGGAUUGCAAGGAUGAAGAUGGCGUCAAGGACAAUUGCGUUGCCGGGGCAAUCAACAAUUACACUACUCAGCUUCUUGCCCACAAGAAUAACAAUCUACUUACUCUAUCUAAUCAAUAUAAUGGCACGGAAGCACUUCUUUUCCUAUCUCAUUUCAUGGGAGACAUUCACCAGCCAUUGCAUGUAAGUCAUGCUUCCGACAAGGGAGGAAAUACCAUAGAUGUGCACUGGUACACAAGAAAGACAAAUCUUCAUCAUGUUUGGGAUGACAGCAUUAUGGAAACAGAAGAACAAAGCUUCUACCAUUCAAAUUUGGGUGACCUUAUUCACGCCAUUCAGCAGAAUAUUACGAAAGAAUGGGCUGAUCAAGUUCCAGAGUGGGAAAAUUGCGCUCAUGACGAACCAACAUGUCCAAACAUAUAUGCAUCAGAAAGCAUAGAGGCAGCUUGCAGUUGGGCAUACAAAGAUGCAGAUGAAGGUUCAACACUAGAAGAUGAUUACUUCAUUUCUCGUUUACCAAUAGUUAAUCUACGAUUAGCACAAGCGGGAGUACGACUUGCUGCCACACUCAAUCGUCUGUUUUUCUAACAAACUUGCCGUUGUUUGCAACAUUGUCACAAAAUUAGAAGGCUGCAAAUCAAACAAUUAUACUUAGAUUUUGUGAUUCUGGCACCCGCAUUGUUGUUCUUGUUUAGACAUUACACAAAUGCUUAUUUAAUUGAUGGUGUGGCGUGUUCACACUUGACAAUAUGAAGAAAGCAUCAUUGCAAA